GUGAAGUUGGUACCGCGUCUUGAUAGAUACGUGGAUUCUGGAUCCAGGGCAUCACGGGCUUAUCCUCAGGCAGGAAUAAAAAUGUCAGUACUCACAUCUCCACGAGGAAAGACAGAAGUGGUUCAUUGCCGAAGAACUGAAUCCCAGGAUAUUUUUUGUAUCAAAAACCUCAUCAGAAAAUUUACCCAGAAGCUGUUUGGGAAUCUUAACAUCAUCUAUCUUUUAGAAAAGGCAAAUCUUGCGGUUACCCUCUGCAAUGACAAGGAGGAGCUCAUGGCCCAGGCCACCUUCAUGGACUACCCUAACUGGGACAUUUCCAGGCAGGACGACUGGGUGUCUGUGUUCCGCGAGCUGGACAGGGAGAUCCCGUGCACGCCUCUGAACACACUGUUCAUGCAUCUUUUUGUGGCUGUAGAUGAAUACUCCAUUGGUUGCUGCAAAGAGGUUAUCCGGUCCGUGUUUAAGGCAGUGCCGGAGCUCCACUUCAUAUUCCUCAUAGUGCCAUCCUACAUGAGCUUAGGCUCAACUCUGAUAACUGUUUUUGACCAAGUGGGGAAUGUCCCGUGCCUGACGUUUGAGGAGGACUUUGGUGUGCACAUAUGCCACAGGCACAGCCAUUACCCUCAGCUGCACAUUCGUGAAGCUAGAGUAGAAGAUCACGAUGAUCUCAUGCCAAUAUUUAUGCGCCACGACACAAUCCUAAAAGAAAUCUAUGGUGAAUACUUCCUGGCUGAACUAAUAGAAGCCCAAGAUGAAGAGAAUCAUGCUGUUGUGUGUGAGGUGGAAGGCAUAGCUGUUGGGUUCAUGAGUGUAUGCUCCAGAGUGAACAUGGAACUACUGCACGAGUGCUUUGACUUGAAGCCUUUCCAUGGACUCUGCACUCCACAUCCCGAUGAUGUCCUGGAGCCACCACAAAGUCAAGAUGCUGAGCUGAGGAGGAGCAGUCAAGGUUCCAGUAAAACCAUUGAGGAUCAUCGGGAAUAUGUCCUCCAUGACAUCAUGGAAAGCAUCCAGGAAAAGUGUACGGAAGAAGCCAUGACUGAGGAACUUCAAUCAACAGUUCAAAGUAUAUAUGGCAGUGACAUGGAGGACACAGACAGACUCAGCAAAGUUUCCUUUACUGAGGAAGAAGAAUACGAGGUCAGUAGAGAGAGUUCAGCAUCUAUCGGACUGCACAAGGACAUGGGCAACUUCCGCCCAAUCUACAGGGGACCAUCAACUGCUUUUUGUAUUCAGCUGUUUUGCAUUGAUGAAAAACAUGAAGCCAGGUCACUGGACUUUAUGAAUUUUGUUUUCAGUCUUUUUCCUGAUAAGAACUUUUGCAUAAUUUCGCUGCCUCAUCUCACCCCUGAGUUUGUCCUUAUCCAGAACUUUGUGAGAAUGAUCCCCUUCAGUAACUGCUCCCUUCCUCAGGACCUCUAUGUCUUCCAUCGAGCGGGGCUGCUCAGGUCCAUUAAUAUAAGAUUGGCCACUUACUCAGAUACUCCUGGUAUUGAAAACCUCAUCACUACCCUCAUUCUGAGCGAAAGCAUAUUGGAUGAUUUAGAACAAUAUAAUACAGCUCACAGAGAUUCUGAUGGAACACCACUGCAGGUAUUUGUAGCCGAAGUAGCAGAACAAAUAGCUGGCAUUGCAGUGGUGAGAAAUGAAAUGGAUAUUGAGUACAUACGAUCCCAUUACAAUAUUGAAGACUUCAUCUACUUCAGUCACCACCAGCGUGAGGAACAUGGGCAUUUGCAGCACUUUGCCUUGAACCCCAUUUUCCGACACUACACCAAGUUUUUUCUGAAGGAGAUUCUUCGUUUAAGCUUGAAGUCCUGCCUGUACUAUCCCAUCUACCCACACUACAAGAGAAGUAAGCUCCAGAAUCCCUACGCCCACUCCCUGACAUCUGCCCUUCAUUACUUGGUUCCCGUGCGACCACGACGACAGAUUGUCUAUCCUCUGGAAAAGCUUGGCAUGAAUGCUCCAUCAAAGGAGGUCUCCAAGGAUCUGUUGAGUUAUGCUCUGAACCAUACAAACAGAAAAUUAACAUUGGAGCCUAAAAUAACUGUCAACGCUAAGAUCGUUGUGGUUGGAGCAUCCAAUGUUGGAAUUUCCUUCCUAGAAACAUUGGUAUUUUGUCCACACCUGAAGUUUAAUAAUCUCACCCUGAUUUCAACCCAUGGACUUCCUGGAAAGAACCUUCUGGCCACUCACCAAAGAAGAUUUUUAGCAAGCGACCACUGCUUUAAUGAUAAAGACUAUGCACGGAUGUCACUUUGCUCCUGGGUUAAUGUUGUGGUUGGUAGGAUGACCAGCAUAGACCGAGCAGCCAAGCACGUCUUGGUAUCCCAGGAAGAAGUUGUUCUCUAUGACCACCUCAUCCUCUGUACUGGCCAGCAGUACCAGGUCCCAUGCCCUACAGGGGCUGAUAUUACUCAACUCCUGACCAACAGAGAGAUUCCCAGCAGUGGUAAACAGUGGUACACUGACAUAGUGCCUUGCAAUCUUUUUACUCUCAAUGAUGAGGAAGACUGCUCUAAGGCCCUGGCUUGGAUUAAAAACAGUUCCAUCACUGCAGAAGGGAAUAUCAUUGUCUAUGGGAAUACAAUCGACACUUACACCACCGUGGAAAUGCUCUUAAGCCUUGGUGUGACGGGCUCCAACAUCCACCUCGUGCAGCCUCCGUGCACCUCCACCAUCACCUGUAUUAACAACUACUCAGUGAAAAGUGCAGUGGAAGAUGCACUUAGCGAAGCAAAAGUCACCAUCUACCAGGAAGCACUCCUGGCACAGUGGAAUGACGGCCAGUACCCAGACCCCAUCAAAUGGGCCAGUUUCACCACGCCCACAAAACCUUUCAGACUUCAGUGCUCUAGUUCCAAAUUGCUAGAGUGUGACGAUAUAUCUGCUGAAGGAAACGUUGUCAGUUUGAUCUUACCAGACACUGCAGGAGAAAGAGGAGGCAUCCUCCCUGGGUCCUACUAUUAUCUACACCUUGCCAAGCCUGCAAUUCCAACUCCCUUGGCAGUACAAAUGGCUCAGCCUGAUUUUGGUUCAGAAAUAGUUACAGGUAAUGCAAAACUUGGCAAUUACUUCAGAAUUCAUAUUAAUAAGUAUAAAAUGGUUGAAACAAUCACGUGCCUUUCUAAGGAACCUUUCCCUGCCUCCAACUACAUCCGCUUGUUUGGCCAGCAUGAACAAGUCCUCAACAACCUUUGUGCUCGAUACGAAAACAAAAUGAUCACAGACCUCUACGACUACUUCACAGAGCCGUGGUGCAUGGCCCUCUUCCAUGAUCGCUUUAUUGAUCUCAGGAAGGAGCUGCGCCAAAUCAUAACCUCCAAGGAGGAGCCAGACCUUCCUUCCUUGGACCAAUUAGCCCGUCAAAUAGAAGAUGAGGAAAUAAACCUGCAUGAGAAACCCCGGAAAUAUCUUCAAAGAGUUUUUCAGGACACUAUCUACAAACCCUUGGUGGAGAAGAGCAUCCUUGACUACUUACACUAUAACCAUUACCACCUGCCCAUGUAUGCAUGGCCAGGCAUCAUUUAGGCUGGCACAUAGUCCACUUUACUAUUUCCCUACAUGAAGCUUCUGGAAGUGCUCUGUAAAAAUAGAAAAUGAUUCUGCCUGGCCUGACAGCAACCUGUUUUUAGUAUUUCUAUUCAGUUCCCUUAUGCCUGUCAUUUCUAAUUGUUCCAGUAGGUGGCACUGGGCAGUGAAUAUCAAUUGUCCGGUAGGGGUAAGCUUUACAAAAUCCAAAAGCAUGUUCCUAAAUGUAGCAAUAAAAUGAGACCAUGCUAUGGAAAAUA